CGAGAUGUUCUUGGAACAGCUUUGUCCAAAGCUUCAAUGGGAAAUAACAAAACAUUAAUUAUUGCUGUAGUAAAUAAAGCUUAUGUAGAACAAGAUGUAAAGGGUGAUCCCACCACCAUGUUUGAUCUAUUUUUAAACAGCUUUUGGCUUGGAGAAGGAACAAGAUCUUUGGUUGAUAAUAUUCUCAUCGUAGCCGUUGAUCAAACGGCCUACGAUCGAUGCCAAUUUUUGAAGUUGAAUUGUUAUAAAUUGGAGACAGAUGGUGUUGAUUUUGGAGGUGAAAAACUUUACAUGUCUCAAGAUUUCAUCAAUAUGAUGUGGACAAGGACUUUUUUCCUUUUGGAAAUUCUAAAACGUGGCUACAACUUCAUUUUUACGGACACUGAUGUAAUGUGGUUAAGAAAUCCAUUUGAAAAGUUGAGCAACGAUGAGACCGAAGACUUUCAAAUCAGCACAGACGAAUACUUUGGUGAUCCUUGGUCAGAAAAAAAUCGAGUCAAUACUGGAUUUUUCUUUGUGAGAUCAAACAACAAGACCAUAUCUUUGUUUGAGACAUGGUAUGGAAUGAAAGAUAAUUUCACAGAAAAAAAGGAGCAAGAUGUGCUUGAGGACCUCAUUAAAGGUGGUAUAUUUCGAGAUUUGGGAAUCAAGGCAAGGUUCUUGGAUACCCUCUAUUUUAGUGGAUUUUGCCAAGAUAGUAAAGAUUUUAGGGCUGUAACCACUGUCCAUGCCAAUUGUUGUAGGAGCAUCACUGCCAAGGUGGCUGAUUUAAAGAAAACCCUUCGUGAUUGGAAAAGAUUUAGGAGGUUAGGGGUUAAUUCUACUGUAAAUGUCUAUUGGAACACUCACGAGUGGUGUUUAGAGUCUUGGGAUAAUGACCUAAUAUAA